GCGCAGUGGGUGCUAUUUAAACAGUCCCGUGGCGCUCGCGCUCAGUUUAGCCUCAGUCGGGAAAAAGUUCCUCGACGAACUUGGUCAUUGUUUUUUUUUUUUUUUUACCGCUCACACGGAGUCCGGGCCUCGGCCUAACCCGCCAUGUAGGCUCCGCAAGUCCGUCACACCAAACGCGGAUACCGGUUGUUGCAGCACGAUGUGGCCGUGGGUGAUGUGGGUGAUGUGGGUGAUGUGGGUGAUGUGGGUGUUGGUGUGCCCCGCCGGCACUCAGUACUCCAGCGACGAGUGCAGCUGGCGAGGAAGUGGUCUGAGCCACGAGUCUCAUCGCAGAGAUGUAGAGCAGGUCUACUUACGUUGUUCCCAGGGCUCUAUGGAGUGGCUCUACCCGACUGGAGCCAUCAUCGUCAACCUACGUCCAAACACAGAACCCUCACCUGAACACAUGGAGGGUCUCCAUGUGUGCAUCAAGCCCCUGCCUCACUCGCAGGGUUCUCAUCUGUAUUUGGAUCGAGCCGGUGAUUUGAAGCUGCUGAUGGCCGAAAGUGAGCAGCCUGAGGGAAGCGUGCGCUGUUUUAGCCAUGCUGAUGGAGCUCUGUUUGUGGAGGCUGUGCCGCAGGCAGACAUUAGCCGGAGGAUCACCGCUUUCCAAUAUGAACUGGUGCCCAGCCGGGGUCCUGAGGCGCACUCGUUCACACAACUGCUGCCCAGUUUUGUCACAUGUGAACCUUGUUCAGAUGAAGAGGUGCUCCUGGCAGUUUGCACCAGUGACUUUGCGGGCAGAGGCCUCUUUCAAGGCGUGCUGCUAAGCACCGACAAACCCUCUCAGGUCGCAUCGGUGUCUCUAAGUCGACUCUUCCAUCAGAAGAGCGCCGUGUUUGCUGCAGGCGGGGCAAAGGUGCGACGCUGGACCGGGCGGGUCAAUGUUCCCUCUCAGUGCGGCAUUCCACCUGGUAAAGAUGACUACCUUUUGACCGGCUCUGUCCAUUUUGGAGAGGCGUGGCUUGGCUGCGCACCUCGCUACAAGGACUUCCUGAGGCUAUAUGUCGAAGCACAAAGAGCAGGAAGGAACCCUUGUCAGGUAAACACUGACUGAAAGCACAGAGGACAUCUUGGUAAAGACAAUGGAGCUCAUCUUCAAAUGGGUGGAUGUCAUUUAUUGUUGCCGUGCAGCAAAACACUUUAAACAACCAACCUCUGCCAAGACUUCCUCUCCUGUUACAGAGAGAAAGUGGUUUCUUCUAGUUCCAACAAAAGUGUUUCUCUUUAUACGUGACUUAAGCGGCUUUAAUGCCCCUUGGCCACUAAGAAGUGUAGUUAUGUGCCAAAUGUUUCCGGCCUAAGUUGUAGGGUUGCUCGUUGAAACGCAAGUUUGCUUUGUAAAAAGCUUUCUAAAAACCAAACAUCUUCUGACAGAAGUGAACCUUAUGCAACUCUGUGAGUUUAUAUGCUGUUUGCUAAGGUGUUUUUACAUGUUCCGAAAAAUAAAUGGAGUUCAUCAUCA